CCCGGUGCCGCCGCUGCCGUGCGCGGCGUCCCGCGGCUCCCCGAUGCCGCCCCCCGCCCGGUGCCCUUCGGCGCCCCGCUGAUCCCCCCCUCCGCCGGACGCCCCCCCGUGGCCCCUCGCUCCGCUCCCUUUCUUCUCGGCGCCCCCGGGUCCCCCGCAGCACCCCGCGUCCCCCUCGGCUCCGGCGGAUAGCGCCCGCCGGUGCCCGUUCCCCGCCGCCAUGAGCGAGCUGAAGGACUGCCCGCUGCAGUUCCACGACUUCAAGUCGGUGGACCACGUGAAGGUGUGCCCGCGGUACACGGCCGUGCUGGCCCGCUCCGAGGACGAUGGCAUCGGCAUCGAGGAGCUGGACACGCUGCAGCUGGAGCUGGAGACGCUGCUCUCCUCCGCCAGCCGCCGGCUCCGCGUCCUAGAGGCCGAGACGCAGAUCCUGACGGACUGGCAGGACAAGAAGGGCGACCGGCGGUUCCUGAAGCUGAGCAAGGACCACGAUGUGGGCACCUCCGUCAAGCACGGGAAGCCCAAGAAGCAGAAGCUGGAGGGCAAAGGGGGCCACGGGACGGGGCCUGGCCCUGGCCGGCCCAAGUCCAAAAACCUGCAGCCCAAGAUUCAGGAAUACGAGUUCCAGGAUGAUCCCAUCGACGUGCCCCGCAUUCCCAAAAAUGAUGCUCCAAACAGGUUUUGGGCGUCCGUGGAGCCGUACUGCGCCGAUCUCACCAACGAGGAGGUCAGAGUGCUGGAGGAGCUGCUUAAGCCACCAGAGGAUGAGGCUGAGCAUUACAAGAUCCCACCCCUGGGGAAGCAUUACUCCCAGCGCUGGGCCCAGGAGGACCUGCUGGAGGAGCAGAAGGAUGGAGCCCGAGCAGCUGCUGCUGCUGACAAGAAGAAAGGUGUCCUGGGGCCAUUGACCGAGCUGGACACCAAAGAUGUUGAUGCCCUUCUGAAGAAGUCAGAGGCUCAGCAUGAGCAGCCAGAGGACGGGUGUCCCUUCGGGCCGCUGACGCAGCGUCUCCUGCAGGCCCUUGUGGAGGAGAACAUCAUCUCCCCGGUGGAGGACUCCCCCAUCCCUGAGAUUGCUAGCAAGGACUCGGGAGCCGACGGUGCCGGCACGUCCCCCCGCAGCCAGAACAAGCCCUUCAGCGUCCCCCACACCAAGUCGCUGGAGGGGCGGAUCAAGGAGGAGCUGGUGGCCCAGGGGCUGCUGGAGUCGGAGGACAGGCCGGCCGAGGACUCAGAGGACGAGGUGCUGGCUGAGCUGCGCAAGAGGCAGGCCGAGCUGAAGGCCCUCAGUGCACACAACCGCGCUAAGAAGCAUGAGCUGCUGCGGCUGGCCAAGGAGGAGCUGCACCGGCAGGAGCUGCGGCAGCGCGUUCGCAUGGCCGACAACGAGGUGAUGGAUGCCUUCCGCAAGAUCAUGGCCGCCCGGCAGAAGAAGCGCACACCCACCAAAAAGGAGAAGGACCAGGCCUGGAAGACCCUGAAGGAGCGGGAGAGCAUCCUCAAGCUGCUGGAUGGGUAGCAGGGGCCGGGAAGCCCCCUCGGCUGUGGACUUGGGGUUGGGGCCGUGGCCCUGUCACCCGCGGGAUGCUGGCUUUGCCUGCGCUCACCCUGCCGGGUGGGAGGGAGGGGGCACAGCUCCCCACACACACCUGGCACCUGCUUGGCCUCCCCACCGCCAGGUGUCAGGGAGCAGCCACUGUUCUUGCCUCAGCUGUGGACCCUGGGUGAGUGUGGGGGUCCCUCCCAGGAGCAGCCCCCUCCUCCUGUGGCCAGUGGCUUCCGCUCCCGUUAUUUUGGGAGGGUGACCUCAGCCGGGCCACCGUGGGGGGCAGCUCCUUCGCUGUGGUUCCCACGGUCCCCUGUCCCUCCCCACAGCCCUGGGAGGCGUGUCCCGGCCCCCCACGGGGUGUGGAGGGAAAGGGGCCGAGGCCGGGGCAGAGGUGGGCACAGCAGGGGAGGGGGCGGCGGGGCUGUCUGUAGCAGCGGUUGGUGCUGCCGCGCGCGGGCAAUAAAGGCAAUAACGCUAAUAA